UGGAAUUAUCAUUGGAUGGUGUUCCCACACAAUCUGGCCUAGUAGUAUCUUCACUCGUGGUCAACACAAAGUUCUAAGCUAAGAUAAGAAAUCUCGGUCAUUUUAUCUUGCAAUCAACACUUCGAUAUAGCGGUCACAAUGACACAUCUUGGGCUUUUUUCUGUUCUUGUAAGCAUUGCUGUUAUUUUGGCCGACUCGGACACGGACUAUACCCAGGAACUCUUUCGUCACUUUGAUCACAAUGUCCAUGUCUCGUCUCAUAGCGUUAAGGUCCUAAGCCUGUCGGAAUUUCAGACUUUGUUUCAAAGUCUUGGAUUGGAUGAGCAACAUUUUGUAUCAACUUGGGCGUCAAGGCAUUUACCUUGUGACAACGGUGCUCAUUUUUUCUUCAAGGAGAUUGACGGAGACGGAAGUAGACACAUAGAUACUGACGAAAUCACAUAUUUCUUCAGAUUGUUUGAUGUCAAUGAGGAUCAAGAAGUUACAGAGGACGAAUUUACAACGGCCUGGAAUGCGCUGUUUAAUGGAUACCUGGAAACACACGCCAUCAGAUGCUCACACAAAGGUGGUGAUGAUGACGAUAGGAAAUGAUUCCUUUGUGUAUUA